AGUACUUAAAUUUUCUUAGGUUUAUCUCUGUUAAAUGUAACAAACAAAAUUUAAUAAACAGCAUAAAAGUUAAUAGUUAAUAAUAAAAUAAUAAUUAAAAUAAAAUAAUAAAGAAAAAUAGAAAUAUUUAUAUUAAAAAUAUAAUAUAAGUUUAUAUAUAAAGAAAUAUAAGUAUACAUAAAUAAAAAUAUAAUAUAGUAUCAUACAAAUAUAUAAUUAUAAAAUAUUUUUAAGUUAUUAAUUAUGGAAAAAUAUAUUUUUUAGUAUUUCUUAUAAUUAAAUUUUUUAUAUAAUAUUUAUACUCAUAUAUUUUUAUAUAAUUAAUUAUAUUUUUAGUUUUGUAUAUAAAGAAUCGCUGUAAUUAUAUUGAUUUUAUAUUGUACGUUUCACUUUUGUUAUCAUGUAUAUAACCUCUUAUUAUUAUAGUUUGAUAACGAAUGUAUAAAUUAUAAUAAAAUUAAUAAAGUUUCUUAUUGUAUAAAAAUAUAUGUCAUUAUGCCAGAGAAUAAAGAAAAAGAAGAAGAAAAACCUGUUGUUGCAAAAACAGCAAUUGAUUUACAACGAUUAAAACUUCAAAAAUUGAUGAAAAAUCCGGAAAAACCUAUUAUAUUGCCAGAAAGACCUAAAGCUAAAAGUACACCUACAGUACCAGAAUUUGUUCGUAAUGUAAUGGGUAGUAGUGCUGGUGCUGGUAGUGGAGAAUUUCAUGUAUAUAGACAUUUAAGACGUAAAGAAUAUGCUCGACAAAAAUUUAUUCAAGAAAAAGGUCAUAAGGAGCUUUUAGAUGCAGAAUAUCAUAAAAAAAUUGAAGAAAAUAAAAGAAUAGCUAAGGAAAUAACUGCAAAAAAAAGAGCAAAAAGAUUAAAAAAAAAACAGAAAUGGAAACAAAAGAAAAAGAUAAAAAUUACAAAUGUAGAACAACACAGCAAGAAUGAAAAUAAUAUAUAUUCUUCAGAAGAAGAAAAUUUAAAUAAACAAGAAUUAAAUAAUAAAAAUGAUAAAAUAAUUAAAAAUAUAUUAAGUUCAAAAGAUUUUAGUCAAUCCGAAGAAUCAAAUUCUAUUUCAAAUACAAAUAAAAAUAAAGUUGAUAAUAUAGAAUAUAUAGAUAUAAAUGUAAACAAUUCAACUCCUUAACAAAAAUAAAAAAGAUUUGGAUUAAAGCAGUAAUUAUAACAAUUAAAGUAAAAAAUAAAUAAAAAAUUGUAAUUUUAAUUUUAAUAUUUUUUUGGCUAAAAUUAUUUUAGAAAAGAUAUCAUAGGCAUUUAAUAAUAAGUAAAAUUUGAAAAAUCUAAAUAAUAUUAUAAAUAAUAUUAGAGAAAAAUUUAAAUAAAAAAAUUAUAAAAUAUUUACAUUUUAGUUAAUUUUAACAUAUUUCAGAUAUAUAACAAAUGAUAUAUUUAAAAUUUAUAGAUUUUAUAUAUAAUGUAAUCCAUGUAAAUAAAAAUAAUUCAACAAUUAAAAAUUA